CGUCUGUCCGUCUCCCUUCCCCGGAAGACGAAUCACGAGCACACGAUUCCCCCAAUUCUUAACCCUAGAAACAGAGCGCAGGAGGGCCAGCCGCAACCGGGACAAAAGCGGAAACAAGCCAACCCAAGCCUCGAUUCCUCCUCCAUCGCCGCGGCAGAAGCUCGAGGUCCAGAAGGGAGCGCGAGAAGCUUGCGUGAAGGACUCAGCCAUGGCGAGCGCGGAUCUGCUGCGGAGGGAGGAGGAGUUCUACGAGUCCCUGUUCGAUUCCGCCAAAGGCGAUGCCGCUGCCGCCAAGACGCGUGGGCAGAUGAUUGAGAGGAAGAUUGAAGCCUUGGAGGACAUGGCAACCAAGGUUAGUAACCGGAGGUCUCGCAGAUGGUUGAAUGAUCGCUUGCUGAUUGAGCUCGUCCCUCGUCUUCAUGUUGAAGAAAUCAAAGGCCUCUUUGCCCCUCCGCCAUUUGGUGAGGAAGCACCACUGUCAGCAUUUUGCAGGACAAGUGUUGGUGAGUGGGAUGCCUUCAGGAGCAUUGACAUGGACGUUGAGGCAAGAUUUAUGCAACGGAUGAAACAAUCCUCAGCUAAGCAGAAGAAUCUUGUGAAUGAAGAUGAGUCAAUUGUGCUGAAUGCUUGGCGCCGUAUAGAUUGCCAAACAAGAGAAGCUAUGAAGAGAAACUUCCUACCUGAACUGCUUGAAAUAUAUGAGGAACGGAUCAGGGCCUUCAUUGAAGACACUACUGAUAAAGAUGUGCUUGUGUUGAAUGUCCAGGACCCAUUUCAGAGGUUGCUAUUACAUGGUGUGUGCGAGUUCUACAACGUAACGUCUACGACAACGGGUACUGUGCAAGAUGGAAAGCCGUGGAAGACGACAACAAUCAAGAAGCGUUCGGGGACGGGUGUUGCCCCCAUGAUCACAUUGGUUAGUUUCCUGAGAACAAAGAAGAAUGGGUCACACGUUGCCUCGUGAGGACUGGAAGCCCCAUAUUCUGGCCAUGAGCCCAUGAUCAUGCUCCUGGGAGAAGCAAAAGUUGUUUCUUUAAGUUUUGCUUAGGAUGUACACAGAUGUAAAUUAAUUACCAAUUUACUAUGCUUCGUCUAAAGAGGUGACAAGGCAUGCAAGUGAUGAGUCACUUCGCAGCCAAGCAAGUACUAUACCUGUUUCGCGUUAAACCUUACCUUACUGCCAGCUUACUGGUGGUGGUGCCAAACAAUGGUUUUCAACUGACUUCUGAUUUACAUGGUUCAAA